AGAAAAAAGAAAAGGGAGAAGAGAAGAAGAAAAAUUAAAGAAUGCAUCUUCUGUAAAUUCGUCGAUGCUCCAAAUUCCGAACUGCUUCUUUCUCUCAGAUCUCCUAAACCCUCCACUGGGGCUUUGACUUGACACAAUUUCUCGCCCCCUUUUUUCCCUAGGGUUUCAUUUUCAGUUUCAGACUAAGCGAAAUCUUGGGGGUGUUUAAUUCAUGAAAACUUGGAGUUUUCUGUUUCUUUAUUUUCUUGUUUUCACGUUAUUAUCGUGUUUGAUUUUCGAUUAUGGAGUUUCUCAAGCGGAGGAGGAGAAAAAGAAUAAAUUUCGAGAGCGUGAGGCCACUGACGAUGCCCUAGGUUACCCCAAUUUUGAUGAAGAUGAAUUGUUGAAUACACAAUGCCCUCGGCAUUUGGAACUGAGAUGGCAAGCUGAAGUGAGUUCUAGCAUAUAUGCGUCGCCUUUGAUUGCGGAUAUUAACAGUGAUGGAAAGCUUGAAGUAGUGGUUCCAUCCUUUGUGCAUUACUUGGAAGUCCUAGAAGGAACCGAUGGAGAUAAAUUGCCAGGGUGGCCGGCUUUUCAUCAGUCAACUGUUCACUCUAGUCCUCUUCUGUAUGACAUUGACAAGGAUGGAGUUAGAGAAAUUGCUUUAGCCACUUAUAAUGGCGAAGUGCUCUUUUUCAGGGUUUCGGGAUAUAUGAUGUCUGAUAAACUGGAGAUUCCGAGGUUGAGAGUUAAAAAAGAUUGGCAUGUCGGUUUGCAUCCAGAUCCUGUUGACAGGUCCCACCCAGAUGUUCAUGAUGACCAACUCAUCGAGGAGGCUCUUAUGAAUUCAUUAGCUCACAAUGCGAGUACGUUGGCAGCGAAUAUUACACACCCCACAGCAGGUCACCACGACUCACCAAAUCCCAAUCCAGAAAAACUUCACGACGACACAUCAAAAAGCACAACUCCCGAUAAUAUUCCACACAAUCAGCUGAAUGCAUCUCAAGCGCAAACCGGGGUGGAAAAUGUUACUAAACCAGGUGCAGACAUCAAAUUGUCACUAAGCACAAACGAUACUGUAACUAACGUUGGCAAUGGAGAAAGUGGAAACACUGUAAGAAGAAGGCUUCUUGAAGAUAAAGAUUCGAAAGAAAACGAGGAUGUUCCUGCUGCAACAGUGGAAAAUAAUGGAGGUCUCGAAGCGGAUGCUGACUCAUCCUUUGAGUUGUUCAGGGAUACCGAUGAGCUGGCGGAUGAGUACAAUUACGAUUACGAUGAGUAUGUUGAUGAAACCAUGUGGGGAGACGAGGAAUGGACUGAAGCACAGCAUGAGAAAUUGGAAGAUUACGUUCACAUUGAUGCACACGUCUUGUGCACUCCUGUAAUAGCAGACAUAGAUAAUGAUGGUGUCAAUGAGAUGGUUGUUGCUGUUUCUUACUUCUUUGACCGCGAGUAUUAUGACAAUCCAGAGCAUUUGAAGGAACUUGGUGGCAUUGAUAUUGGAAAGUAUGUAGCUGGUGGUAUUGUUGUUUUCAACCUCGACACGAAGCAAGUUAAAUGGACUGCUCAACUGGAUAUGAGUACCGACACUGGAAAUUUCCGUGCCUACAUAUAUUCUUCUCCUACAGUUGUUGAUUUGGAUGGUGAUGGCAAUUUGGACAUUCUUGUCGGCACUUCUUUUGGCUUGUUUUAUGUCUUGGACCACAAAGGCAAAACUAGAGAGAAGUUUCCUCUUGAAAUGGCUGAAAUUCAAGGAGCAGUAAUUGCAGCUGAUAUAAACGACGAUGGGAAAAUCGAAUUAGUGACAGCCGAUGCACACGGAAAUGUUGCUGCUUGGACUGCACAGGGAGAAGAAAUUUGGGAAACACAUCUUAAGAGCCUUGUUCCUCAGGGUCCCACGAUUGGAGAUGUGGAUGGGGAUGGACACACAGAGGUGGUUGUUCCGACACUAUCCGGAAACAUAUAUGUUCUUAGUGGCAAAGAUGGAUCAAUUGUACGGCCGUACCCUUAUAGAACACAUGGCAGAGUAAUGAAUCAAGUUCUGUUAGUUGAUUUGAGCAAACGUGGUGAGAAGAAAAAGGGACUCACGAUUGUUAGCACAUCGUUUGAUGGGUAUUUGUACCUCAUAGACGGGCCCACAUCGUGUGCUGACGUGGUGGAUAUCGGAGAAACAUCAUAUAGCAUGGUUUUGGCUGACAAUAUAGAUGGUGGGGAUGAUCUUGAUCUUGUAGUCACCACGAUGAAUGGCAAUGUCUUUUGUUUCUCGACUCCUUCGCCACAUCAUCCUCUCAAGACUUGGAGAACAUCAAAUCAAGGGAGAAAUAACGCAGCAAACCGUUUUAAUCGGCAAGGAAUUUAUGUUACUCCAUCGUCACGUACUUUCCGAGAUGAAGAAGGAAAGAAUUUUUGGGUUGAAAUCGAGAUUGUAGAUAGAUACAGGUUCCCUUCUGGCUCACAAGCUCCUUAUAAUGUCACGAUAAGUUUGUUGGUACCUGGUAAUUACCAAGGAGAGAGAACAAUUAAGCAAAACCAAAUAUUCGAUCGAGCAGGGAAGCAUAGGGUGAAACUUCCAACUGUAGGAGUAAGAACUGGAGGGACUGUAAUGGUGGAGAUGGUCGACAAAAACGGAGUUUAUUUUUCGGAUGAUUUCUCACUUACUUUCCAUAUGUAUUACUACAAACUGUUGAAAUGGCUGCUUGUGCUUCCAAUGCUUGGAAUGUUCGGUAUUCUUGUUAUUCUUCGACCUCAAGAAGGGAUGCCGCUGCCUUCAUUUUCGAGGAACACUGACUUGUGAUUUUUAGAGCUGAUUUUAGUGAGAAAUGUUCGAUAUACGUGUUUUUGGGAUCGAUUAGAAAGAAUCUCGACUGUGAUUUUGCAGAGUCUACUCGAGAUUGGAGCUGAAAUUAUCUAUUCUUUUGGUGUCCCAAAGCACAAAUAUAUACUUGUUACAAGUUUGGGAUUUUGAAUUACGAAAUCGAAGGCAAUGCUUUGACUUAGGAAAUUUGUUUACCUUCUUUUUCGUUUGCUCAUGUGCAGUUCACUUCUGUAAGUCUUUUUUCGAAGAGCACUUUGUAAGUCAAUAUAUUGCAAAUGUUGAUGUAUGACAGCACGUUGAAUUCGAUUUUACUGGAUCAGUAUCCCGGGAUAUAUGUUAAUCUUCUUUUUCAUUUAACAU